AUACAUGACUGAAGGGGGCGCUGGUGGCUGUACGUUUCCACACCGCAGGACGUAGAAGAAGACAUUUCACCGAGCAGUGCCAGAUGCUGGAGUUGUAGACUGCUUCAGACACUGCAUCCAGGCAGUGAUGUCUGGUUAUUUGCGCUCAGCGCUCCUCUUAGGCACUAGAGGAAGACAUCUGUCCAGUUCCUUUGCAGCCAGUCAACAUGUUUUACCUGAUGUGGCAUGUAGAGCCCUCCUUUUCUCUUCUCCAGCACGGAGUUUCUCCUCUCGUGGUGGUCGAUCAGAUGGAAGCUCAGGGCAGGAAGGAGAGAACAGACUGCAUCCUCCAAGACAUGAAAUGGACUUUCAGAUGAGCCGGCUGCAGAUCAACGCAGUCCUGCGUGCCAAUGAACAAUCUGUUCGCGUUCCAGAGUUCGAUGGCCGUGGUGGUCCCAGUCCGGUGCUGAGGUUCGAAAGUAACCAACUUCCAGCCAACACCCCGCUUGAGGACCGGCGCAGCAGUGCCAGCAGCUUGCAGACUCGUAGCAUGCUUUUCGGUGUGUUUGAUGGACACGGCGGACACGCGUGUGCUCAAGCGGUCAGCGAGCGUUUGCCCUAUUACAUUUCUGUAGCGAUGAUGGCAGAGUCUGUCCUGGAGGAUCUAGAAGCUGCCAUGGAGACCUCACGCCCCGUUCCGCCUAUCCUGCAGUGGUAUAAACACCACAAUGACUAUAACUACAGGGAGUCUGCAGCUCUCUAUGUUGAUCAUUUGCGUGUUUUUUGGCAGGAGCUUCUGGCAAGUGAAGAGCACGGUGACGGCAUGCGUCCUGCAGAUGCUCUCAGCUAUGCUUUUCAAAGACUGGACACAGAUCUGUCUCUUGAGGCACAGGUGCCACUUGCAAAUGACCUGAUGAGGAACACCGCCCUCCAGGCUGCCUUUGCUGGCUGCACGGCCUGCGUUGCUCAUGUUGGACCAGAGGGGGUGCAUGUUGCCAAUGCAGGAGACUGCCGGGCGGUUUUGGGUGUCCAGGAAACUGAUGGGAGCUGGAGUGCUCUGCCUCUCACAAAAGAUCACAACGCUGCCAACGUGGCUGAGAUGGAACGGGUAUGGCGGCAGCACCCGGCUAGCGAACGGCAAACUGUGGUUGUAGAUGACCGGUUGCUCGGAGUCCUGAUGCCGUUGCGUGCUUUUGGUGAUGUGCGGUUUAAGUGGAGUCGUGAGCUACAGCAGAGCGUUCUGGAGAAUGGAGACUCGGAUUUAGAGGCUCUGAAUAUUUAUCAAUAUGCUCCACCUAAUUAUCUCACCCCGCCUUAUUUGGAGGUCACACCAGAAGUCACCCACCACCGGCUGCGGCCACAGGACCGCUUCUUGAUUUUGGCUUCCGAUGGACUCUGGGAUGAGAUGAGCAAUGAUGAGGCGGUCAGGCUUGUGGCGGAACAUUUGACAGGGGUUCAUCUGCAGGCUCCUGUUUCCGCUAGGCAGCUCAACUUGGGACAGAUGCACCAGCUGCUGCUACGGCGACGGGCCAGGGCUACCCCUGCUUUGGAUCUAAACGCAGCCACACACUUGAUUCGCCAUGCACUGGGCACCAAUGAGUAUGGAGAGAUGGACCAAGAGAGACUGGCAACCAUGCUGGCGCUGCCUAGCGAUUUGGCACGCAUGUACCGGGAUGACAUCACAGUCACUGUGAUUUAUUUUAACCCAAACUUCAACAAAAACAAUAAUAAAGAACAUUAAAUUUUAAA